CUCAUCCUUCCAGGCUCUACUUGCUAUCCCCUUCAGCUUCCGGAAAUAUGGCCUCUGGUGUGGCUGUCUCCGAUGGAGUCAUCAAAGUGUUCAAUGACAUGAAGGUAAAGAAGCGCAAGAAGGCGGUGCUCUUCUGCCUGAGUGAAGACAAGAUCAUCCUGGAAGAGGGCAAGGAGAUCCUGGUAGGUGAUGUGGGCCAGACAGUAGACGACCCCUAUGCCGCCUUCGUCAAGAUGCUGCCGGACAAAGACUGCCGCUACGCUCUGUAUGAUGCGACCUAUGAGACCAAGGAGAGCAAGAAGGAGGACCUGGUGUUUAUCUUCUGGGCCCCUGAGUCUGCGCCUCUUAAGAGCAAAAUGAUCUACGCCAGCUCCAAGGAUGCCAUCAGGAAGCUUACAGGGAUCAAGCAUGAAUUACAGGCAAACUACUACGAGGAGGUGAAGGACUCUGGCAGAGAAGCUGGGGGGCAGUGCUGUCAUCUCCCUGGAGGGCAAGCCUUUGUGAGCCCUCUCCAGCCCCUGCCUGGAGCAUCUGGCAGCCCCAGACCUGCCUGUGGGAGGUUGCAGGCUGCCCCCCUUCUGCCAGACCCGAGGGGCUGGAAGGAUCCCAGCGGGGGGAGGGCAAUCCCUUCACCCAGUUGCCAAACAGCCCCCCACCCCCUGGACCUUCCUUCUCCCUCCACCCCUGAAGGUUCUGGCCUUCCCAAACAGCUUUUGAUCUUCUGAUUCCUCUUGGGUUGAAACAGACCAAGUCCUCCCUACCCCAAGCACCCCAGUUUUGGAGAGGGCCUGUAUUUUUUUUAACGACACCUCUACUUGCAACCUGUUCCUCCCCCCUUUCCCAUGCUGCCAACUUCUAAUCGCAAUAGUGACUCUGUGCUUGUCUGUUCAGUUUGUGUAGAAAUGGAAUGUUGUGAAGAUAACCCUUCCCCAUGCUAUCUGGUUCCCCUCCCCCUUUCCACCUGGUCUUGGCCACUCAUGGAAGCAGGACCAGUAAGGAGCUCUUGAUUAAAAAAAAGAAAGAAAGA